CCGAAUUUUAAGUAUACGUUGACCGUAUAAAAGUACGGUAAACGUAUUCUUAUACACAUCUGGGUUUUCGUCUUUUUCUCCAUAGAAAAAACCAAAGAAAGAAAUAAUACAAUCCCGCACUGUCUCACCAAUCUCUCAGUUCAGCUUUUUUAUUUUCUCUCUUUUUCCUUUUUCUUUUGUUUUUUCUUUUGUUUUCUUUUCACUUUCACACAAUUCACAGAGAAAAAAAGGAAAUGAAGGAAAAUUUUUCUUUUUGUUUACUUGUUUUGGGUUGUUUUGUUUUUCCUUUUUAGAGGUAACUUGGCUUUUUUUUAUUUGAGGGGGAUGUUGAUGGGAGUUGUUUGAGUUUGAGAGGGAUGAAAGUGACGGGGAAAACGAGUUUACCGGCGACAUUUCCGGUGAGGAAUCCGACGGACGUGGAUCUCAAGCUGACGGAGAAGAGAAAGACACGGAACACGAGGCGAAAACGGGUUAGUGCACCGUUGGUAGGACGGCGGAGUAGGCCGGGCACGCCUUUGUUGAAAUGGAAGAAGGAGGAGGGAGAGAAAGUCAAGGUGGAGCUCGAGGAGGAGGAAGAGGAGGAGGACGGUGGUCGGAGAGGUGGUGUUCGGGGACGACGCAAGAAAGGAGCUUCGAAGAUUUCGGCGAGGAAGCUUGCAGCUGGUUUGUGGCGGUUGCAUUUGCCGGAGAUGGUGACUCCCUGUGGAGAGAGGAUGCACCGGUUGGGGUUCAAGCCUAGUAAUGGUUUUAUGGAUGUCCCUUUUCUUUAUCAUCACGAGGGUAAAGUUUAUGGUUCGGAUGCAAAGGAUCCAUCACAGAGCCGUAGCUCUGUCUCCGGCACGAAGAAUGGCUUCUUGCAUAAGAUUGAGCCUUCGGUUCCAUUUUCGAACUCGGCGAUGGAGGGAGCUACAAAGUGGGAUCCUGUUGGGUUAAAAGCAACAGAUGAUGCACAGAAAUUUUUUAGACAUGUGAAGCGUAUUGAACAACAAGUAAGUGCAGUAUCAAUUGUUUCUGCCCUUGAAGCUGAGCUAGAGCAGUCUCGAGCUCGGAUUGAGGAGCUUGAGACUGAGCGUAGGUCCUCAAAGAAGAAACUCGAGCAGUUCUUGAGGAAAGUUAGUGAGGAAAGGGCUGCAUGGCGGAGCAGGGAGCAUGAGAAAAUACGCGCAGUUGUUGAUGAUGUUAAAGCUGAAUUGAACCGGGAAAAGAAAAACCGACAGAGGCUUGAAAUAGUUAAUUCAAAAUUGGUGAAUGAGCUGGCUGCGACCAAGUUAUCAGCAAAGCAAUAUAUUCAGGAUUAUGAAAAGGAAAGAAAGGCUCGAGAACUGAUCGAAGAAGUAUGUGAUGAACUUGCUAAGGAAAUUGGAGAAGACAAGGCUGAAGUAGAAGAAUUAAGGCGAGAUUCGAUGAAGCUUCGAGAGGAAGUUGAUGAAGAAAGAAAGAUGUUGCAGAUGGCUGAGGUCUGGCGUGAGGAACGUGUUCAAAUGAAGCUCAUUGACGCAAAGGUAGCACUCGAAGAUAGGUAUUCGCAGAUGAACAAACUUGUUGCGGAUUUGGAGACUUUUCUAAGGUCAAGAGCCGGAACUCUGGAAGCAAAAGACAUGAAAGAAGCAGAAUCCCUUAGACAGGUUGCUGCGUCAGUUAAUGUUGAAGAAAUCAAGGAAUUUACAUAUGAGCCCCCAAAACCGGAUGACAUUUUUGCUGUUUUUGAAGAUGUAGCUUUAGCUGAAGCCAAUGAAAGGGAAAUCGAACCAUGUGUUGCACAUAGUCCUGCCAGCUAUUCCUCGAAAGUUCAUAUGGUGAGUCCUGAAAUUAACAUGAUGAGAAAGGACAUCAUUCCGAGACAUCCAAAUGCAUAUGUUGAUCAGAGUGAUGAGAUAGAAGAAGAUGAGAGUGGGUGGGAAACUGUUAGCCAUCUUGAAGAUCAGGGCUCGAGUUAUUCACCUGAAGGGAGUGCUGCGUCUGUAAACAAGAAUUGCCGGGGCAGUAAUUUCUCGGGUAGUGGAAUCGAAUGGGAAGAAAAUUCAUGCAGAGAUACAGAUACACCAGACACGGAAAUUAGUGAAGUUUGUUCGUUACCGGCUAGACAGUUCAAGAAGGUUUCAUCAGUAGCCAAGCUUUGGAGAUCAUUCCCGAACAACGGAGAAAAUUACAAAAUAAUCUCAGUAGAAGGAACAAAUGGUAGGCUUUCAAACGGAAGAAAAUCUAACAGUGGUAUCAUGUCCCCUGAUCAAGGGUCAGGUAAAGGUUGUGUUAGCCCCCCAAACCUGGUAGGACACUGGAGUUCUCCCGACACUGGUCAUCAACACAUAACGAGAGGGAAGAAAGGGUGCAUCGAAUGGCCUCGUGGUCCACCAAAAAGUAGUUUGAAGGCAAAACUUUUGGAGGCAAGAAUGGAAACUCAGAAGCUCCAAUUACGGCACAUCCUUAAACAGAAGACGUAGAAGCAUACCAUCGUUACCGCAUCUGAGUGUGCUCGACUUCUGCUGCUAGCUUGAAGUUAGAAGUUGAAGUAGUAUGUGAAUACCGACUCAUCUGAUCGGUCUCGCGGAUUUUCUGAUUCUCCAAUUAUCCAGUUCUUGUUCAAUCACAUUCAUGCAAAGCCGAGAGUUCGAUUUUAUCCCUCCUGCUGUUAUCUUCGGACAAUGCACUUGAUGAAACCGUUGGAUCCGGAUCAGAUUUCGGCUCUAGUUGUAAUUCUAUCGGGAGGCUUAGCCAUUCUCUUAUUAAUCGAGAAACCAUGUAUUGUGAUUUAUACUGUGUACCCCUUAGCAUUCAAGGAUAUCAAGGAAAACAAAAUCACGGAAGAGUGAAAUAAUAACCAUUUCCACUGUAAUUUGUUUACUUUA